UAAAUCAUAUAAACAUAAAUCCAUAAUGUUACAGGAUGGAUUAUAUUUGUUAAUAUAUAUAUAUAUAGUGUGUGGGGGAAAUUAUUUCUUUGUGUACAGUAUGUGUGAGUGAGAGAGUGAUAAAGUGUGAACACAGUGCGUGAGGUCUCGGCCCAUCUUCCUGUAAAAGCAGCUUGUGGCCAUUUAUAACCUUUAGUGGUGAUAAUAAAGCCAUACUGGAUGUUCUCUCCCCCUAAAAGAGCUGAGUGUGUGUGUGUGUGUGUGUGUGUGUGUGUGUGUGUGUGUGUGUGCGCGUGCGUGCGUGCAUGUGUGUCUUUCAGUGUAAAAAUAUACAUUCAUGACUCACUCUCUUCCUGUUUUAAUAGUUUGACGCUCUUGUGGUGGCAGUUAAGAACAUCUUUUAAUUCUCAAUUUUAACUCUUUUAACUCUUUCACACACACACACACACACACACACACACACACACACACACACAGAAGAAGAGAUGAAGACGCUGCACUUGGCUCUGAUUCUGCUCUCGCUGUCCGGUGUUCUCACUAAGGACAGUGGAUGGGGUGUGAAUUAUACGGUUAAGUCGAUCUGUGCUGUGAGAGGAUUCAGUGUCUCCAUUCCCUGUAGUUAUUAUUAUCCAACAUCAAAUCCCAAGAUUCAGGUGACACAAAGGAUUUGGUGCUCAAAUGAUGCAAACACAAAAGGGUGUCCAGGCCCUCUGUAUGUUUAUAACAGCUCAUUAAACACCACGUCAGACUUUGAGUACGUUGGAGACGACAAAUCAAACUGCACUUUGUUAAUCCACAAUGUACAGUUCAGUUAUUCUGGAGUGUACAGAUUCAGAUUUAUAACUAAUAAGACCGGUGGCAAGUGGGUAGGUGAACCUGGAGCGACUCUACAAACUGCAGAUUUAAAGGUGUCACUAAUCAGGCUCAGUGGAAACGGAACCCUUAAACAAGGAGACUCGUUAAAUCUGACGUGUGAUGUGACCUGCACACACAGUUCCUCACAGUUUGUGUGGUCUAAGAACAACGAGCAGUUAAACACAUCAGGACCCGUUCUUCACUUUCCUGCUCUAACCGUGAGGGAUUCUGGGAAUUACACCUGCACUUGGAAAACCAACGAGACGUCAGGAUCUAAAACCAUCAGCCUUCAGGUCGAGGGUGAAAAUCCUGAUGCUCGGUCAAUCUGGAUUGUUUUAGUGACAGCUGCAGUGAUUUUGAUCGUCAUUUUAGGAGCUGUGAUUUACAACAGGAGGAGGACGUUUAAAGCUGCAGAAGAAAACAGGGGGGAAAGUGGAGAGAAAACACAGACAAAGCCACAGUUACAGCAAGUUUCUCAAGAUCCUGAUGAAGAAACGCUGAGCAAGGAGGAAGUGACUUACGCAUCUGUCCAAAAGAAAGCAAAGACCAAAGGGUUAAUAAACCGAGUUCCUCAGCCUGAUGAAGAAGUGUUAGAUGAAGGAGUGACUUAUGUGUCUGUGUGCGUCAAACCCAACAAACCAACCAAACAGCGUGUCCACACUGAGCAGCAGGAGGAGGACGAUUCUGUAAUCUACAGCACUGUGAAAACGGCCUGAUGAUGCUUUCACACCUCAUUCACCCACAGUGCAGAUGAGUUUUAUUUAGUUAUCAUCAUAAUGCCUGGGAUGUUUCCACACAUGGAACUCAUUAUGGUUUAAGACUCGCUAAUAUCACAGGAAGUGUCAGUUUAUUUACUGUAAACAUCCUGUCUGGAAGUUGUGAGGCCACGCCCUCUUCCACCAAGCACUUACUGUAUAAUAAAGGACAAAGCGAUCCGUCUGCAUUAAAUAUAUAAGAUGUGUGUAAGAGGCUACUUUUAGUGCAACAACCAUGUGUAGAUCAUGAAGACACGCCCAUCUGUGUGAUUCAUACAGAGAGCCCUUAUCCUGUGGGAUUUUGUUCAGAAUCACUACAGACGUCCUCACACAACAUUACUUCAGUCCAGAAAACUAAUCCGGUCCGAAUACGGCUUUAGAAACAAGAUUUUCUGAUUCUGAUGUUGAUCAUCACCAUUUAAUGCAGGGAGUUUUUAAUGAUAUAAAAUCCCGGCACUGCCGAGCUGACACUGUUGGAUUCAUCAGCAAGUUCUUUAAACUUCAUCUACUCGCUCAGCUGUAAGUCUCUUUAGAUAAAAGUGUCUGAGGAAAUGUAAAUGAUUGUUAAUUUACCGAUGCAAAGUUCUUUUUUUAAAAAAAAAAGUAAAACAAAAACAAUUUUUAAUUAUAAUUAACAAUAAUGCAUGUGCAGUGUAAAGCAUUUUCUUUCUAUUUUUGUUUUAUUUCUUUCUAUCUUUAUAUUCUUUUGAUUUAUAUUCUAUAUGAUGAUAAUGAUCACGCCCACUGCUGUGUUAAUGUUUUUCCUUUGUAUGUUUUUCUUGCUUUUACACCAGAUGAAAAAGUCUCCAGUUUGAUUCAGAAAAUAAAUGUAUAAAGGUUGAGUGUAAUUACAGAGUGUAUGUUUGUCUUC